AUGCUUUGUUUACUUUUGCUUUCCUGCAUUCCACUUAUCCCUGCCGUAAUAGUCCAGAAUGGGCAGUUGCGCCUCGAUGCGUACCCUGGACAGGCACCUUUGCUUACCACUGCUUGGGAUCUGUCCUGGAAGCAUUAUGAACCCAACGCGACUGAGAUCGCGUACAAGGGACGAUGGGAUGGCGAUCAUAUUUCAUGGUGGUCUGCUCCCGGGAUUCAGCUGGAAUUCACUGGACAGAAGUUGGCAUUGAAUUUUGGUCAGUACACUAACCAUGGUGUAUUGGUUGCAUAUCGAUUGGGAGGGUUGGAGUGGCAGUUUGCCAACGUGACGGCUAAUUCUACCUACCAGUUUAUUGGGCCAUGGAGCCCGGGAAUCAACCAGACCACCGUCACGGAGAAAAAGCCUUUUGAGCUAAGAGUUUCCGCAGACGGAGAUCUUUACAGGCCUAAAAUGAGCACUAAGACCCUUGAAAUCAUCGGAGAUUCCCUCAGCAUUGGCCAGUAUGCCACGUAUGAGGGGCUCUCUUCGUGGGCGUAUUAUCUUGGCUCGGGAUUGAAGGACUUUGACUACUCAAUUAGCGCAUACUCGGGUAUCUGUCUUCAUGACCGGGAAUGUUGGGGAAAUCCCCGCGGCCAGACGUACCAAUGGCAUCAUACGUGUGAUUCCUCGCCGCGGGCCCGAGAGAUUUACGGGAGCAAUCCACCGAAAUGGGAUUUUCGAGCACAUGCGGCAGCUGAUCUAGUCAUCAUCAACCUGGGGGCGAACGAUGACCUGAAUGGAGUACUGAGAGAAGAGUUCGAGAGGAGCUACAUAGAACACAUAAAUGAAGUUCACCGGAUUUGGCCGCAAGCCCAAAUCAUCCUUAUGGCAUGUCUUGAAUUGUCCCGUGGCUCUGUGCCUUCCGGAACAACCUACGUGCAGAAGCCCCAGCUCGUACAGGAGAUCCAAAAUGUUUAUCAAUAUUUCCAGGAUCUUGGGCACGACUAUGUGCAUUAUUUUGACACGACUGGGAUCCUGCAGCAAAAUGAUAUUGCUCUAGAGUCACAUUUGACUGACUUCGGCAACGUGAAGAUUGCGAGCCAUCUUAUGCAGUGGAUCAAGGGCAGAUUUGGAUUCGGCAUGGAGACAAAGGGGGGUGAGAUCCUACAUGGGACACGGUACUGGAAUACGGAAUCGGAUUAUUGA